AUGCGUCUGCGAGGUUCGUGGUCUAGCUGGGGGGCCCUGGCGGUCUCUGCUGCUGCUGUGCUCCUGGUAGCAGCCCUGGUCCUGGCACUGGUGCUCAUCUUCACACAACUAAAGGGGCAGAGUGUGGAUGGGGAAGUGGUGUCGACCAAUCCCCUGGACUUGUUGACUGGAGAUGGACUGCCUCGUGGUCUACCCACAACCCCCACCAACCACAGUCAGAGGGACAGAUGUGGGGGUGUAUUGACAGACUCAGAGGGUAGCUUUAGCUCCCCCAACCACCCUGGGUCGUAUCCCCCAGACUCUCUCUGUGUCUGGGUGAUACGGGCGCGCCCCCCAUCCCUGGUCCAGAUCCAUGUGUCCUCUCUGACCAUAGAAGGACCGUCCCCCUGCCUCUUUGACUGGCUGGAGCUUCAAGAGGAGAUGGAGCAACCUUCUGUUGUCACCAGGUUCUGUGGCAACGUGGCACCCCCUACUGUAAACACCAACAGCAGCACUGUGUGGGUGACCUUUCGUUCUGACGGGAGCAUCGGAGGCAGAGGCUUCACCGCCCAGUACCACGCCAUCACACCUGAACAGAAGAGCUGCUCCAGGGAGGAGUUUAUGUGUGACCACGGGCGCUGCGUCCUGCCUGUGUCAGUGUGUGACGGUCAGCCCCACUGUCAUGACCUCUCUGAUGAGGCCAACUGCAGCCACAAGCACAAAGAGUGUGGGGGCCAAAAGACUGGACCCUACGGCUACCUGGCAACUCCAAACCACCCAAAACCUUACCCUCAUCAACAGUUGUGCACAUGGCGGAUCUCUGUUGAGGAGAGUCAUGUGAUCAGGCUGAGUUUCCUCAACUUCAGUCUGGAGACCCAGGACGUGUGUGAGUUUGACUAUGUGGAGGUGCAUGACAGUGCUGACAGCGGGACCGGCAGAGUACUCGGACGGUAUUGUGGCACUAGCCUGCCUCCUGAGCUGACCUCCUCUGGGCCCCAGAUAACUGUGGUGUUUGUGGCUGACGAGGGUGUAGCAGACAGUGGCUUCAACGCUUCCUACCAGGCCAUCUCCCGUUCCGAGAGUGAGUCCCCCCCCAUACACAGAAGACCUUUUCUGGAUCCGUCUCUCCAUGCCUCUCCCCCAGGCUCGUCCUGUGAGCCCAUCGAGGUGGAAAUGUGCCAGGGCCUGAGUUACAACCUCACCUCCUUCCCUAACAUCUGGCUGUCCAUUGCUGACCAGAGAGAGGCAGCCACGCUGCUCCGCCAGUACAUGGUGAGACCGCACACCUGGCCUGUCAACACACAACCACACCGAACAAUAGUGCUGACGGAGCUGGCGUGUUUCCAGCCUCUGCGCCGGCUGGUGUGUGGGAUGUUCAUGCCCCACUGCAGCCCUCAGGGUGGGGUGCUGCAGCCCUGCCGGUCAGUGUGCUCCUGGGCAGAGCAGCAGUGUAGUCAGGCCCUGGACGUAUUCACCUUCAGUUGGCCCUUCAACUGCCACCUGCUGCCUGACUCCCAAGACCCUAUGGAGUGCUCCAGUCCCUGAUGCCUCUGUAGCUUAGCACUUGCCCCCCUGAAUGUGCUACAGUACAACCAUAGUAAUGAGAGGAAUCCAACACAGGACUGACUAGAAGAACUCUUAAGAACACCAUCAAAGCUCCAAUCUUUUCAAGGAACCUCAGAGACAUGCAAUAAAGAAUCACAAUGUUGCACUCUGCCGACUCAAUAUGGUGCUAGCUUUGUACAGCAUAAUACAGAUGUAUGGAACAGAACUGGUUGGAGUUUACGUGGGAAUAGAAAAUAAAUGUACAUAUUAACAAAAGCAUUAUAGA